GCGGGGAGAGUGAUAGAUAGAAACAAAAAAUUAUUAUUAUUAUUAUUAUUAUUUUGAGUUGUUUUUGCUUUAUCAACCGUUGUUUUUUAGUUACAGAACUACUUGAAUUGUUCAAGACGAUUAUAAUUCUUUAUUCUAUACAUAUAGGCUCGUUUUCCUGAUUGAAGUGUUGUUUGGAUUUUGGUGGAAUGAGUUUUGUUUCUCAGUAAUUUACCUAAGUACACGUUAUCAAUAUUUGUAUCUUCUCUGAAAUUUAUCUCACUUGUUUGAUUUUGGUUUUCUCGUUGGUGAGCCAUAGCGUUUGUCCGCCUUAUGUGUGCCAAAGUAAGUUACCAUAAUCACGUUGUCUCCAUUAUGGCAAUUUACAGGAAAAAAGAACUAGCGACAUGAGUAACCGUUUGCAUAUAAUUGGAUUGGAUGGGGAAAUUUUAGUCAACUUGAUUUUGUGUUUUCACCAUUCAAGGGUUGUGAAGUAACAUAUUAUCAAGUUCUAACUCCCUUCCUUUUGUUUUACCCUUUCUCUUCUCUUCACUUUUGCCCAAAUUAAAGUUUCAACGACAAAGGAUGCUGUGAUUGAUCCCUCUUUUGCAGUGAAGUUUUAAUUCAGAACAAAGCAAUGGAUAUGUCCACAGAACUGAAAGGAACUUCAAUAUUUCUUGUGGGAAUGAAAAGCUCCAUAAAAACAAGUUUGGGGAAGCUUCUAGCGGAUGCAUUACGAUAUUAUUAUUUCGACAGUGACAGUUUGGUUGAGGAAGCUGCUGGAGGUGCAUCUGCUGUUAAAUCUUUUAAGGAGAGCGAUGAAAAGGGAUUUCGUGAGUCUGAGACUGAAGUAUUGAAACAGCUGUCAUCCAUGGGACGAUUGGUGGUUUGUGCUGGAGAUGGCGCAGUUCAGAGUUCUGCUAAUCUGGCGUUUUUGAGACAUGGAAUCUCAAUAUGGAUUGAUGUACCCUUAGACAUGGUGGCCAGAGGGGUGUUUGAAAACCAGUCUCAACUUUCUGAUUUGGAAUUAUUUGCUUCUGAAGCUUAUUCAGAGGUCUUGACUCAGUUAACAACUUUAUAUGAGGAAACGAGAGGUGGAUAUGCUACUGCAGAUGCAACUGUUUCACUACAAAAGGUUGCUUGCCAAUUAGGUUAUGAUGAUCUUGAUGCUGUAACCACGGAAAACAUGACUUUAGAGGUUCUCAAGGAGAUUGAAAAACUGACAAGAGUUAAGAAGAUGAUGGAAUCAGCAGCGAGACCCUUUUAGACAGCCACGGCUCUGCUCCUGUAUGUAAAUCAAUUGGGGUGACAAUCAACAUUUCAACCGGAUGUUAUGGGAUAACCAUGCUAGAGAGUAGAGAGUUUUUUCUGCUUGUCUUGGUCAGUCAGCACCUAAGUUUUUUUCUGUGUUUGAGUAACGUGUAAUAUUUAUGUGUACAGAAAACAAGCCCUUAUUCAAAUCCGUCAAUACCGACUGCAGCAGUCCAUAUGAGACAUUUAUUGCUCGGUUUGUAAGGCCGUGAAGGACGCUAAUUAGACUCAACAUCUUCCAAUCUGAACCUAUUAAUGAUAUUCAACAUUCAAACC